AUGACUGAGAAGGUUACGGGGCAGAGCGUUGGCAUUGAUCUGGGCACGACCUACUCGUGCGUCGGCGUGUGGCAGAACGACCGCGUGGAGAUCAUUGCCAACGACCAGGGCAACCGCACGACCCCGUCGUACGUGGCGUUCACCGACACGGAGCGUCUUAUCGGCGAUGCUGCCAAGAACCAGGUGGCUAUGAACGCACACAACACGGUGUUUGAUGUCAAGCGGUUGAUCGGGCGCAAGUUCACCGAUCCAGAAGUGCAGUCGGACAUCAAGCACUGGCCGUUCAAGGUAGUUCGUGGUGCUGAGAACAAACCUCAACUGGUGGUGCAGUUCAAGGGCGAGUCGAAGACGUUCCAACCGGAGGAGAUUUCGUCUAUGGUGUUGAUCAAGAUGCGAGAGGUGGCCGAGGCAUUCAUUGGCAAACAUGUGAAGAACGCGGUGGUGACGGUCCCGGCCUACUUCAACGACUCGCAGCGCCAAGCGACUAAAGAUGCGGGAGCUAUUGCUGGUUUGAAUGUGCUGCGUAUCAUCAACGAGCCGACGGCCGCUGCGAUCGCCUAUGGGCUGGACAAGAAAGGAGGUGAGCACAACGUGCUGAUCUUCGAUCUCGGCGGCGGAACAAGGCAUCUUCGAGGUCAAGGCGACAGCGGGUGA